AUGGACGACGAGAUGGAGUCUACCUUCCGCAACGCCAAUAUGGAUUUUCUCGACCCGACAAACCUCGAGAUGCCCUCAGGGUCUGCUGGAGGUGAUUUUGAUGAUCUCUUCGCCCAUGUCACCCACAGCCGUUCAAAUGCCGCACCGGAGUCGUCAAAGGCUUAUCAAGACCAACACCCCCUGAGACAACCACCAGUGAUGGCAGCAGAGUCGCCAGCAGAGUCGCCAGACAAUUCGAGCCGUAGCUCUUCAUCCGAGUCCCCACGAACCCAUAUCCGCCAUGCCUCAAUCGCCUCAACAAACUCCGCCGCUCAUAGCGAAAAUCCGUUGACCUCCGCCGGUUUCCCAACAGAGGACUGGAUGCGUCCUGAACUGUCGUCUGUGAAGGAAGAGUCGCCGUUCAACAUUGAACCGUCUUACCCCAUGGACGGCUUCUCUAUGGACCCCGAUUUGGAGUCAAGCAACAAGGCUAUGGAUGCGGCCUUUGAUUUCGAGAGCGCUGCCAGCAGUCCAAGCCCGCUGAAGAUUGAGAACCCGCCACAAGCCAACCCCCCGAGCGGAUCUAAGUCACAGUUCUGGAGUCCUUCCACAGCCCCCGCCCUACCCCCAUCAAACGAGGCCCCAGCCGCUAGGUCUUCGCAGGCCCCGGCUCCGGGAUCGCCGUACUACUCCUUUGGGCUUAAAGAGCAGUCCCCAUUUUCAGGCACAUUCCGCAAUGAUUCGGAGAGGCUGGCUGCUCCGCAAUGGGGCAACCAAUCCCCAUCCUCACUACUGGAAGAAAGCUUUGGUGGUAUUAACAUGAAUGGGCACUCUCCACUCAACCAGGCAAUGUCGCCCAGUAUGAACUUUGGCUCGCCCGCUUCAUACCCAUUCCCGGUAAACUUUGGCUCAUCGCCGGCUCUCCCGGUGGAUAACACUAACUCGGUACAACCCAUUCUCACGGUGCAUCCAACGUCCCUCAAAUCUCGCGUUGAAACCCAGAUUCCGAUCCGAUUAACGCUCUCCCCGCUGCCGGCCAGCGUGAAGAAACUGCGCCUUCCGUCUCACACCAUCUCUAAACUCAAAUUUCUCGCUUCUGCUGCUACCGAACCUUCCCCCGAUACUUUGCAACUAUAUACCAGUCUGGUCUGUACCAGUGCAAUGCAGGAUCAUGAAAAAUUAAAACGAGCUUUUGCGCGCACAAGGGGUGAAAGAUAUCAAAGCGGGAACGGCUCGAAAGAAGACCAGCCAUUGGAAGGUGGAGAUGUGGUAAUUUGCGGAGGAUGUAUACAGCGAGAACGAAAACGUGCCUCCCGGAAGAAGCAACGGAAACCGGAAGAGGAUGAACUUUUCCAAAAAGAUGAGGAAAAGAGGGUCAUUGUCUUCAACACAAGCGAGAUUAAGGAAUGGACUGAACCGACCAAAAAUACCUCAACUGGCUAUGACAUGCAACCGACUCCUCAAGGAUCGAUGCAGGUAGAGCUUCCGAUGCGAAUCGCUUGUUACUGUCGACACCAAAACGAGAAGCUUGGGUUCCAGGUUAUUUUCACUAUUAAGGAUCAUUUGAACAAUGUCAUUGCUCAGGCAAUCACCAAUUCAAUCAUGAUCACCGACGACCAUAAGACACAGGCUCCUUCGGCUCCAGUACCAACAGGUCCCUCGCCGUCAUUGCCAGAUGGAACUCAGCUGCCUGGAGUUGGUGUGUUCUCGUCAGGGUCGAACCCCGAUAAUGUCAAAGGUGCGAAUGGUGCGUUUGCCUCGCCUCAGUCGCCUACCGAUCUCCAGGGUCUUCAACAACGGUUCAACUCGCAGUACCAGCUUACACCCAGUUCGUUUGCCGCUGUUCAAGGCCCUUCAAAUGGCGCUCCUGCCACUUCACACAAUUCCCGAAGCUUGUCUCGGCAGGCAUCGCCAACCGAUUUUCCUGGCCCACAGACCAAACGUCGGAAGCACAGCAGUUCUGGAAGACUGCCGUCGGAGUUGACUAUGACGAGGAUGGAAACACCGCAAUCAUCAUCAUCUGCAAUGAGUGCUGCACAGCUUGCAGCGGCUCGUGGAUAUGCUUCCCCGACAGAACGGCCGUUUGUGACACCUUCAUCCAUGAACGGACCAUACGGAAACGGACCACCGACCCCCAAUCAAAGCAAUGACAAUAACCCCUUCUUUAAUCCCACACCUGCUCAGCGCCAAAGCCUAGAUAGCUUGGCUCACCAGCCUCUAGGAUCAGCACCCAACUCUGCUCAGCCUAGUCGUCCAGGGACACCUGGUGGCUCUGGGCGCAACGGCUUCCAGGAUUCAAACCUUGCGCUUGCACUUGGUGCCAAUCCCGCGAGCCAAAUAUGGCCUCCCCUUGCCGCGACACCCAGUCGUUUGCCCUCCGUAAUCCAUAAGCUGGUACCAGCAGAAGGGUCAAUUAUUGGAGGCACGGAAGUCACAUUGUUGGGUAGCGGUUUCUACCCUGGUAUGGAGGUUGUCUUUGGUGAUACCCUUGCCACUACCACAACAUUCUGGGGAGACAAAUGUCUAAACUGUUUGACCCCGCCCGCACUCCAGCCAGGCCUGGUGUCGGUUAUGUUCAAACACGAACACCCGACUUUUGGUCAAGUGCAGCAAUCUCAGCCUCUCAUGCCCAAGCAACAACUCUUCUUCCGAUACGUGGAUGAUCGUGAACUUCAGAUGUAUCGUCUGGCUCUCAACAUUCUUGGUCAGAAAUUGGGCAGCCAGGCAGACGCAUUCCAAACGGCCCAGCAAAUCAUGGGGAGCGAUCCGAACGCCUUCUUGAAUAUGCAGAAAGACAUGCAGGGUGGUUCCUCUGGAGGUCAUCAGCGCCAAGUACCAGGAAUGGAGGCCCAGGGUAAACUCAGCGAUCUUGAUUCUAAGAUGCUGACAUACCUUGAGUUCAUCGAUCUUGACGACAGCCCGAGGCCACCUCGCUUUAACUCUCGCAGCACAACUGGGCAGUCUCUCCUGCAUUUUGCCGCCUCGUUGGGCCUGACUAGGUUUGUUGCGGGGCUGUUGGCUCGUGGCGCGAACCCCGAUGUACAAGACAACACUGGCAAUACGCCAAUGCAUCUGGCCGCUCUUCACAGUCAUGCCCACAUUGUUCAUCGACUCCGUCUGGCUGGUGCCAACGCCAAUGCCCGGAGUGUGCGUGGUUUCACUCCUGCCGACCUGGCUACGUCCCUACCCACGCACCAGGCCGCUUUGCUGCCUUCUCGUAAUUACCGCUCUCGCAGCGUCGGAUCUCUCACUUCGCGCCGCAGGCAUAGCAGCUCUGCUUCGCUCAGCUCCCUCUGGGAGGCAUCGUCUGCCUCUGAGUCCCUUGGCCAUGCAGUUGAUGAUUCGGAAGAGCUGGACGACAGUGAAUACUAUGAUAGCGACGACUCCGACGACAUGCCUCUGCAAUUCAGCUCCUCUCGACGAUCGAGCAUGCACCAAGACAUCAUACCUCCAGUUGCUGAUGUCGGUGAGCAAGCUGUGGCUCACACAGAUGCCCCAGGCUUUACUCCGCCUGCAGCAGUCGUCGCUUGGCGUAAUCAGCUGGCUGCCCAGAUCAAUCACUUCCAACAGAGUAUGGCUAACGCUUUCCCCAAUAUUCCUGCUCUGCCUCCAAUGCCUGCUUUACCUCCAAUGCCCGCUUUACCAGACUAUCAGACCAAUCAGAUGAUGCGUCGCAUCACCAAUCUUGUGCCCCAUCGUCCAGUGGCCGACGGGUGGUGGGAUUACCUGAAGGGCAACACCGCCCCAACCCAUACACAGCCACCCUCGUACGAUGAGCUGUACCCGCACCAACAGGCUCGUGAGGAUGAUGCCGAUAUUAAGAAGUCAUCUCUUUUACAUGCGGCGACAGAAGCUGCAUUAGAUCAACAUUUCGAAGCUCAGAACACUGCUGCUGCUGCCUCAAGUUCUGCAGCUGCGGCUGCAGCCGCUGCCGCUGCUGCUGCUAUCCAAGAGCGCCCAAGAUCAGCGAAGGAUGAACUCAAGGAUAUCACCAUUGGGAAGAAUCUCAUCUCGCGGGAGCAGCAGAAGCACCUUCGGGAGCACCAAGCCCGUCGCAUGAAGGGUCUGGGUAGCGACCGAAACCUCUAUUUCAUUUGGAUUCCCCUUCUUCUCCUUGUUAUUUGUGCGUGGGUACGGAAUUAUGUGCCUGGAAUUUGGCAAGGCGUCAUGGACAGCUUUGAUUUUGUGAAGACUCGCUACGCACAGCAGGCUGUGGAAAUAGGUAUUUAG